AUGGUCGAAAGAAUCAUGGCCAGAAACGGAAUGAGCACUUCUUUACAAAGGCCAACGUAUUCAUCUCCGCUAGCUGACUAUAUCGUACAAACGAAAAACCCUCGGGGGUGGAAAGUGCCAAAGUAUACGAAAUUCGGAGGAGAAACUGGAGAGUCGACAGUCGAACACAUUGCGAGAUAUUUGACUAAGUCAGGGGAUAUGGCGAAUAAUGAGAGCUUAAGGGCGAAGCAUUUCCCUUCAUCCCUCACUAAAGCAGUAUUCACAUGGUUUACCACACUACCCCCCAACUCAAUCGACUCAUGGUCUAGUUUGGAAAAGAUUUUUCAUGAGCAGUUUUAUGAAGGCCACUCAAAGAUUAGUUUGGUCGAGUUGUCAAACAUUAAAAGAAGGUUCGCUGAGACCAUCAACGAUUAUCUAAACAGGUUCAAAUCAUUGAAGGCUCGUUGUUUCACACAGAUACCUGAGCACGAGCUUGUUCAAAUGGCAGCUAGGGGUUUAGACUAUUCUAUUAGAAAGAAAAUAGACCCCACAUGUGUCAAAAGCAUGUCGCAACUAGCCGAUAGGGUUCAACACCUUGAGCGGCUGCGAUUAGAAAAAGUUAGACACACUAAAGCUAAAACUAAGAAAGAGAGGGUAGCCUAUUUCGAUUACGACGACACCAAUCCUAUAUACGAAGCCGACUAUAUCUCGCUGACUAAGGAGGAAGUCGAUUUGGCUGAAGUGAAAGCAAGACCUACGUAUGGAUGCAAAGCUCUUUUCCCAUCGAAAGGGAAAGGCCCUGCAGAACACAAUGCAAAAUUUCCCGCGAAGACUUAUACCUUUGAUGUUAGUAAAUGUGAGGAAAUUUUUGAUGUGUUGGUCAAAGAUGGUCAAAUCUUAUUACCUCCAAAUGCUAAGUUACCACCAUUAGAACAGAGACAGAAGAGAGGUUUUUGUAAGUAUCAUAAUUACCUUGGGCACUCAACUUCUCAAUGUUUUCUUUUCAGGGAUUUGGUUCAGAAAUCGCUGCAGGAGGGUCAUUUGAAGUUUGCUGCAAGAAAAAUGAAGAUCGACUCUGACCCUCUCAGGCAUGAAGAGGAUUUGUUUGUUGAGACUGUCGACAUUAAUAUGGUGGAUAUCUAA